CCUCGUGCUUCUAGCCUUCUGACUUCUGAGAUCAACUGGCAUCGAUACGCAAAAGCGAUCGGGUGUUGCCAUAAACGCGUAGAAAAGUCAUGCACCUUGUUUACAGUAUCUCAAACCUAAACGACACUUAUUUAUCACUUUGUACGACAAUUUUAAGUGACUGAAGUUUAUGUGAAUAAUUAUGGAUCAGCCGGAGCUUCAGGAAUUGCUGCAGAAACCGAAGGCGGUGCUACUUGCAGACCAAAGGAAGGCCACAAUAAUCCCGAAUCAGGGGUUAAAUAAGGACAAGCACCAAGAGCCAAUCGAAGGCAAUGAACAAGGAGACGUGGUGUCAGCCGUCAUAGGCGACUACGGUCGAUGGCAACUGCUGAUGACCUUCCUCUUGUCGCUCUUUUCUUUCCCAUGCACUUUCCACAUAUAUCUACCUACAUUUACGGCAAAAAUGACAAACUUUUGGUGUCGAAGGCCGGAUAACUUGUCUAGUCUACCAUUAGAUGAUUGGGUCAAUUACAGCCAACCGAUAGAUGCAUGCUAUGUUCGUCUUCUUCCCGCUGGAAUAAGUGCAGAAAGUAUUAUAAACAACACAGCUCCUAUCUUAGACUCUUUCCAGAAGUGUACAGAAUGGGAUUAUGAUCGGUCUGAAGUUGGGGCUACAAUAAUUUCGGAAUGGAAUCUCGUAUGUGAUAACGCCAAUCUCACAGUAUUAGCUGAAGUAGUAUUUUUAGUUGGUGUUGGCGUUGGCGGAGUCAUUGGAGGAUGGAUUUCGGACAAAUUUGGCCGUAAAAGAAUACUUAUGGGUAUGAUGGUAGCUCAAAGCGCACUAGCUAUCUUAUCACUUCUAGUAAGUUCAUACUUGCAGUAUGUUGUGGUAAGACUCUUCAUGGGUCUAGUAUCAGUAUCUGUGGUAUAUGCUGCCUUCGUUCUCUCCGUGGAGCUGGUAGGAGGUCCAUGGGUCACUAUUGCAGGAGUUUGCAAUUUCUUCCCCCUACCUCUGGCUUAUGUGAUAGUAUCUUUACUUUCAAUGAUUAUGCCAAAUUGGAGAGAUGUACAACUUGCUUUGACAGUACCUGGGUGUUUCCUUAUUGCAUUAUGGUUUGUUUUACCGGAAUCUCCAAGAUGGUUAUUAAGUGUUGGAAGAACACAAGAAGCUAAAGUAAUAUUAGAGAAGGCAGCAAAGUUUAACAACAAAGGAAGUGUAAUUGAUUUGGAUAAAAUGCUAUCAUUAUACAAGCCCGAGACCAGAAAAGAAGAACCCAGUGUCUUAAUGUUAUUUAAAGGCAAUUUAAUGAAGAGAACAUUUUGUUUGUUUAUAGCUUGGUUUUCAAUGACAAUUGCUUAUUACGGACUCGUCUUAAAUAUUGGAAAAUUCAACAUGGGCGAUUUACACAUGACGUCUAUAAUACUUGCUUUAGUAGAAGUGCCAGCGAUAGCAAUAAGCAUUCCUAUAUUAUUUAAAGCUGGCAGACGACUGCCUAUAUUCACUUCUAUGGUUAUAUGUGGAGCAGCAUGUAUAGCAAGUGAAUUGUUAUCUAUUUCUUUCAACGAAGAAUGGGUUAUGAUAGCAUGCCUCAUGGUGGGAAAGUUUGCAAUUGCAACUACAAAUAUGAUGCUUCCAAUAUUUACUGCGGAGUUAUAUCCGACCAUAAUAAGGAACCUAGGUGUCGGUGCCAGCCAGAUUUCAUCAGGAUUGGCAUUGAUUUGCAUUCCAUAUUUAUGGGAAUUGACCAAAUUGAAUCUACACUUACCAAUGGCUACUAUAGCUGCAUUAAGUGCAGCAGGAGGCACAAUUGUUCUUUUACUCCCUGACACUAUUGUUUCCUCGAAAGAAAACACUAGGCAAUCUGCGUCUUCUCCAUGUAAUGGAACAUUUACGGUCACCGAUGAUAGAGGCCACUAGUUGGAUGAAACAUUUAUUAUUUAUAAAUAAAUAUUUUUAUGAUCAAGUGAUGCAGUUAAAUGCCAGUUAGUUAUAAGUAUUGAAUAAUAAACAAGUGAUAGUAAGAUAUUAAUGAACAUGUGACUGCUGUUUAAUAUUAACUAAGUAUAAAAGAGCAAGUAGAAAACAAAUGUUUGAAACAUAAAAAUUUAACAUAACAACUUAAAAUUAUUGAGACCGUAAAAGCCAAAGCGUCCAAACAGAUUUUUCAAAAACAAUUGAUAAUGCUCUAAAAGACGUUUAAGCCUAUGAUGGGUGUAUCGAGUGUUUGUCUCAUUUUGACAAGGGCACCAAGAAGAAGGCACCUCCCUCAAAUUGGCAAAGAUGCUUGGUCGUUUGUAAAGGAGACUCUCUUCUACCUCAGGCAUCUUUGGGGGUGGAGCGAAUAAACAUGUUGAGAUACAAUGAUUUUCAAAUGGCUCCGCUUCACGUCAGCUCAUUUAUGUGCUGUUGUGGCUCUAUGCCAUAACUCCUCAAUGUCAAUCCGUGUUCCAGAGGUCAUAUCUGUGACGUCAUUUUGUAAGAUUACUGGCGCUAUAUCGGUGACGAUUCUGUUGAUCUCUCUAAACUAAACUAAAUAGGCAGUUAAUUUUUUUUUAACUUGCUUUAUGGCUCUGUGUUCCAGACUGUGAAGCCUAUGUCUUAAAAUAUCCCCAAACAAUAUAGAGAAAAGGAUGGCAAUCAUCACCACAUCAUCCCAUUAUCGGCCCACUACAGAGCACGGGUCUCCUCACACAAUG